CCCGCGCGCGGCCGCCGGCGCGUCGGGAUCUCGAGAUAGCCGCAGCUCUCGCGAUCUUUCCGGAGCCGCCCCUCCACGCGGAGCCCAAGCGCGUGUGCUGAGACCCGAGGGUCGGGAGGGCGGAGAUUGGGAGGGAGGGAGAAGCCACUUUGGCCUGCCGUACGAAAGCCUACGAGGGAGGGUGGUGUCCACUGCCCAGUUCCGUGUCCCGAUGCCCAGCGCCAGCGCCAGCCGCAAGAGUCAGGAGAAGCCGCGGGAGAUCAUGGACGCGGCGGAAGAUUAUGCUAAAGAGAGAUAUGGAAUAUCUUCAAUGAUACAAUCACAAGAAAAACCAGAUCGAGUUUUGGUUCGGGUUAGAGACUUGACAAUACAAAAAGCUGAUGAAGUUGUUUGGGUCCGUGCAAGAGUUCAUACAAGCAGAGCUAAAGGGAAACAGUGCUUCUUAGUCCUACGUCAGCAGCAGUUUAAUGUCCAGGCUCUUGUGGCAGUGGGAGACCAUGCAAGCAAGCAGAUGGUUAAAUUUGCUGCCAACAUCAACAAAGAGAGCAUUGUGGAUGUAGAAGGUGUUGUGAGAAAAGUGAAUCAGAAAAUUGGAAGCUGUACACAGCAAGAUGUUGAGUUACAUGUUCAGAAGAUUUAUGUGAUCAGUUUGGCUGAACCCCGCCUGCCCCUGCAGCUGGAUGAUGCAGUUCGGCCUGAGGCGGAAGGAGAAGAGGAAGGAAGAGCUACUGUUAACCAGGAUACAAGAUUAGACAACAGAGUCAUUGAUCUUAGGACAUCAACUAGUCAGGCAGUCUUCCGUCUCCAGUCUGGCAUCUGCCAUCUCUUCCGAGAAACUUUAAUUAACAAAGGUUUUGUGGAAAUCCAAACUCCUAAAAUUAUUUCAGCUGCCAGUGAAGGAGGAGCCAAUGUUUUUACUGUGUCAUAUUUUAAAAAUAAUGCAUACCUGGCUCAGUCCCCACAGCUAUAUAAGCAAAUGUGCAUUUGUGCUGAUUUUGAGAAGGUUUUCUGUAUUGGACCAGUAUUCAGAGCAGAAGACUCUAAUACCCAUAGACAUCUAACUGAGUUUGUUGGUUUGGACAUUGAAAUGGCUUUUAAUUACCAUUACCACGAAGUUAUGGAAGAAAUUGCUGACACCAUGGUACAAAUAUUCAAAGGACUUCAAGAAAGGUUUCAGACUGAAAUUCAAACGGUGAAUAAACAGUUCCCAUGUGAGCCAUUCAAAUUUUUGGAGCCAACUCUAAGACUAGAAUAUUGUGAAGCAUUGGCUAUGCUUAGGGAAGCUGGAGUUGAAAUGGGAGAUGAAGACGAUCUGAGUACACCAAAUGAAAAGCUGUUGGGUCACUUGGUAAAGGAAAAGUAUGAUACAGAUUUUUAUAUUCUUGAUAAAUAUCCAUUGGCUGUAAGACCUUUCUAUACGAUGCCUGACCCAAGAAAUCCCAAACAGUCCAACUCUUACGAUAUGUUCAUGAGAGGAGAAGAAAUACUGUCAGGAGCUCAAAGAAUACAUGAUCCUCAGCUGCUAACAGAGAGAGCUUUGCAUCAUGGAAUUGAUUUGGAGAAAAUCAAGGCUUACAUUGAUUCCUUCCGCUUUGGAGCUCCUCCUCAUGCUGGUGGAGGCAUUGGGUUGGAAAGAGUGACUAUGCUGUUUCUGGGAUUGCAUAAUGUUCGUCAGACCUCCAUGUUCCCUCGUGAUCCCAAACGACUCACUCCUUAAAUUCACACCUUGCCUCUGAACUCCAGUGUGGAUGACAGAGCGAGAGACCCUCCCUCAAAAAAAACAAAGAAGAAAGCCACACUUACUCUUUCCAGUAACCUGCUAGUGCACAGGCUGUACUUUAGGUACUUAAAAUAUGCACUAGAAUAAAUUUGCAAGGCCCUAAAGUAUCACUGUUAUUUUUGGAGUAAUUCAGUAUAGAUAUGUUUAAAAGAGAUUUUUAUAACUUCAGACGUGCGUCAGUAGGAAAUACUUGAGAAAUUCAUAUGGUUAUGUUAAAAAUUCAUAUUCUGUUACUACAGUAAAUGUUACAAGUUUUAAACAGUUAAGAUUGUACAACUUUUCUUCUUUUCUAUAUUACAAGGGCCCCAGUGUUAAUGUCUUAGAUUUUCAGUAUUUGAACUUAUUUUUUUAAAUUCUGACAUUGGAAUAAGAAUAUUCAGGUAGCAUCUGAAAUUUUAAUGAUUGUAUAAUUGGCAUAUCAUGGAAAAUUAAUCAGAAAGUAUCAGUUCUUAAAAGUUAUGUCUAGAAAUUAUGUAAAGCAGGCUAAAAUACUGGUUAGAAAGUAUUCAGUGUAAUCUUGUAUUAAAUUGUUAAAUUCUAAACCUGAAAUUUCAAUAAAAUUUUAAAGCUAA